AUGGAAAAGAAUUGGAGUGAAACUUCGCUCGAGGAUGGGCAGAAUAUAAUACCAUCGGAUCAAGAUAUUCGGGUGGUGGAGAAUUAUUUUCAAAAUGAUAAUAGUGCUGGUGAAGGAGCUAAUCUUGUUGUUGGAGGUGCUGGAGAAGAUAAUAAUUUGGAAAUUACAAAUCAGCAACAACAUCAUCAUCAUGUGAUCAAUCCGGGAACAACAAUAACACCACCAACCUAUUCAAAUUUACAACAUUAUUUAUUUCUAUCACUUCCAUUAUGUAGUAUUCAAUUAAAUAAUUUACCAGAUAAUUUCGGAGGUAUUUCACCAGUUACACAAAGUUUUACUAGUUCUUCCUCAGAAUUUGAACAGAAUAGACUCACUUUUAAUGAUGCUAAUAGGGAAGUUGCAAUUUAUAAUAGCAAAAAGUUCAUGUUAUUUCCAUUGAUGAAGGGUGAUAUUAUUACAAAAAGACUUCCAACACUAGUUGACUUGAAGGGAUUAAUGCCAACUGCUGCAAAAUCAUCGAGUAAGAGAACCUUCUUUGCCAUGCUGUAUGAACAGAGAAGAUUGGUCAUAUUUUCAGUUAUUUCAUCAGAUUCUUCUAAACCACAUAGCGCAGAAUAUUUCACUCACUUUGAUUUGAUGGAGAAAAAAACUAGACCAAAUAUUAUUUUGGAUUUUCAUUGGAUUUCAGAUUCUUAUUUAUUAGUUGUGUCGACAUACUCAAUUGAUUUUAUUAGUGUUAAGGAAAAACACAAACCUGUAAAGACCUUGAAAUCAAUUUAUGAGAAUAUUCGGUUCUGUAAAUUCUCGCCAAUUGAUAACUUGUUGGUAUUAGCUUUGGAGGGUAAAAAUACAGCUCUCUAUCCUUACAUUAUUACUCCAAGUGGCCAAAUGAACAAAUUGACAAAAGUUGAGCUAACAGAACUCAAUAUCGGAGAUCAUAAACCAAUCAAGAGCUCUGAAACUUUCCUCGUUUCAAUGUAUGGUCGUUGCUGUCUCGUUUGCAUAUGCUCAGCCAAUCAUGAAAUGCAUAUCUUCAAGUACAAGCCACAAAAUGUUCAAGCUUUUGUACAACAAAGAAUUUUCAAUUUAUUCUCUGGAUCAAACAUUGCAUUGAAUGUUGUUGAUUCUCUCUUAAUUGUUCACAACUUGGAUGAUAAAACCUCAACUGCCUAUGAUGUUUUCACAAAACAAGAUUACCCAGUCUCUCCUCCUCUUUCCAUUUCUCCACAUUAUACUGUUAAGGAUACACUGACACAGGCUGAUAUGCAAGUUGAUGCUACUGAUAGAUUAUACAAAUCCGAUUCUUGGACCUACUGGUAUCCAAAUUAUAUCCUCGAUAAGGAAUUGGGUUAUGUUUUCGAGCUUAAACUUUCCAUCUCUCACAUGCCAAUCAAUAUGAGAAAUAGAAAGGAUUCUAUAAAAUUCCUAUUCAGAAGAGUUAACAGUAAGGCUUUGCUCUUGACAACACUGAGAACUUUUAUUGAAUCUAAGAGUGAGGAGUUGAAGACUAUAUCAGAAAUUUUAGAACUUGUUAACAAGUAUUAUUGGAAUCAAUUAGUUAAACUUGAAACUGAAAAACAGGAAAAGUUUAGUGAAAAAUUGAAACGUCUUUCCGUAUUUACCAAACCUAAAGCUUUGGAAUUUGUAGAUAUUAACAUGCUCACAGAAAUUGAAGAAGGUGAUGAAAUGCAAGAAACACAAAUUAAUACCAUUGGUUAUCCAAUAAUUAUGCAAUCAGACAUGUACAAAUUUGUAUUUGUUCCAAUUGAUGAAGCAGGAUCUCUAUCUACCAUAGAGCUAGUCUCAGUUUUGGUUGAAUAUGUCAGAGGACUGAAGAAGAGUAAUGUGCCAGUUCACAAUUUUAUUCAAAAGUUGCUCAUUGAACUGCUGGUGAAGGAUAAUAAUUUUUCAAUGUUGCAUCAAUUGAUCCAAUUCAAGGUCAUUGGCGAUAGUCAAUUGACUGCAUUGCAAAUGUUGCACAUUUCCGAAAAGUAUCCUCCAGCUUAUCAAAUUUCCCUUGAUAUUCUAAAGAGAUUGAAUGAUUAUGAUUUGUUGUGUGAAGUUCUCCUUUCAAGGAAGGAUGUUUCCAGAGUUUUAGAAUUAAUGAUGGAAAAUAGUGAAAAGCAUCCAUUCAAAAUUUCCUACGCUCAAGUAUUUGAAGCUGGUAAGUAG